UCAGGAGAGGAGCUACUCCACCUAAGACAGCACUCCUCUGAAGAUUGUAACUCCAUUUGCCAUCCCGAGGCCUCUGCUCACCCUGUACCCCAAGGAUGGAACCACUACUGGGAGUAAAAAUUGGCUGCCUGUUUGCCCUGCUGGUUCUCACUCUGAUCUGCGGCCUUAUUCCCAUCUGCUUCAAAUGGUUCCAGCUGGAUGCAGCCACAGGUCGUCACCGCCGGGUCCUCAGCCUCCUGGGCUGCACUUCUGCAGGUGUUUUCCUGGGAGCGGGGUUCAUGCACAUGACUGCUGAUGCCCUGGAGGGAAUUGAAUCAGAGAUCCAGAAGUUUAUGAUGCAGAACAGGACAAAAAGGGAGGGAAGUGUUUCUGAUGAUGCCGAUUCAGCACAGAUGGAGUAUCCCUAUGGAGAGCUCAUCAUCUCCCUGGGCUUCUUCUUUGUCUUCCUUUUGGAGUCGCUGGUAUUGCAAUGCUAUCCUGGGGCUGCUGAAGGGGUCACAGUGCAGGAGGAGUGGGACGGGGCUCACGUCCUUGGACUCCACAGCCAUGGACCUCUCCCCUCCCCCUCAAAGGGUCCCCUCCGAGCCCUUGUCCUCUUGCUCUCCCUCUCCUUCCAUUCAGUGUUUGAAGGUCUGGCUGUGGGGCUGCAGCCAACAGUAGCAGCUACCGUGCAACUCUGUCUCGCAGUCCUGGCUCACAAGGGGCUCAUAGUGUUUGGUGUAGGACUGCGGCUGGUGCAGAUAGGCAGUGGCUCGCGAUGGGCCACGCUGUCCAUCCUGUCACUGGCUCUCAUGUCCCCCCUGGGCCUGGGCCUGGGACUGGCUGUGACUCAGGGGGACUCUAAAGGGGGGCGUGGCUUAACCCAGGCUGUGUUAGAAGGUGUGGCAGCCGGCACCUUUCUGUAUGUCACCUUCCUAGAAAUUCUGCCCCGGGAGCUAGCUGGCCCCGAGGCCCCUCUGGCCAAGUGGGGCUGUGUAGCCGCCGGUUUUGCCUUCAUGGCCAUUAUUGCUUUGUGGGCCUGAGAGAUUCCUGAUUCUUCUGAUGGACCUAUCUACAAUGGCCUUCCUGCCCCUGGGAGACACUUCCCAGACAGCUUUGGCCCUCAGAUAUUUCUCUACUGAGACUAAGUGACAUUCACUAGGCAUCGUCCACAUGAACUGGACCCCAGCUUUUCACUACAUGAGAUGCCAUUUCUCAUCCGGGACUGAGAGAAA